CGUAAUUCGACUCAUUUCCUGUGUGGGCAUCCCAACCCAACCGACAGCAGCUGAUAUUUGUUGUUGUUGUGACGGUGACGCGGUAGACCGGCCAAGCGGCAAAUGAGUCAGCAACGAUAGCGGUCUUUUCUUCCGUUGUGGAAAUCCAGCUCUCACAGAAUUUUAACAAACUGUGAUUACCAAAUCUUAGCGAAAAUGGCGGUUCCUGCAGCCCCUAACCUGCAGUUGAACACAACAAGACAAAGCAGUCCCGUCAACUCUUCAGAAAAUAACAUCCAUAUCGACGAAAAAGAUUUGGAAAACAUAACGCACAGCGAAGAGGACGGCACUUCUCUGCCUUUGCAUUCUCCCUGGACAUUUUGGCUUGAUAGGUCCUUACCAGGUACAACAGCAGCUGAAUGUGAAUCGAAUUUGAAGAAAAUCUACACAGUGCACAGUGUCCAGAGUUUCUGGAGCGUUUAUAAUAACAUUCCCCCGGUGACGUGUCUUCCACUGAGGUGUAGCUACCACUUAAUGAGGGGAGAGAGAAGACCACUGUGGGAAGAAGAAAGUAAUGCCAAGGGUGGCGUCUGGAAGAUGAAGGUUCCCAAAGAGAGCACCGCCGCAGUAUGGAAGGAGCUGCUUUUGGCUACCAUUGGUGAACAGUUUACUGAUUAUUGUGCUUCAGAGGAUGAAGUAGUUGGCGUCAGCGUUAGUGUGCGUGACCGUGAGGACGUGGUUCAAGUUUGGAAUGGAAAUGCAUCUUUCGCCAAUGAAGCUAACAUAUUAGGAAGAAUCUAUGAGCUUCUUCCACAAGUAUCUUUUAAAGCAGUAUUUUAUAAGCCACACAUGGAGCAUCAUGCGUUUGAAGGAGGUCGCUCAAGGCAUUAGCAGGCUUUGCACAUUCAGCGAAUUUUUUUUUUUUUUUUUUUUUUUUUUUUUUCCCCUUUUUUGUAAUUUUGUGGAUGGUUUCAAGAAAGACGGACUGAACUUUCUUCUCUCAAGAACACUAGUGUCUAAGUUCAGAUGUUUUAGUUAUGUGAUCACCAUGUCGGCCUGGGAAAACAGAACAUGUUACGGCUUCUUUUACGGCGUCUUUAUCGUGGACUUUUUGAGUUGACAACUUUUGUCUAAUUUUAUCAGCAAUACCGAAAAGGAGAGCAUUCACCAGUAGCAUGUGUACUAUAUUUUACUCCACUAGGGGGCUCUGUCCCCAGUCCACACAAAGUGUUGCUUCAGGAUCGUUCACUCUGUAGAUGCGCUCUCAAAGAACACACUCACUGAAUCAAGGACCAGUUGUUCCCUUCCCAGCAAUGAUCAUGCUCUGCAUUCAAGAGAAUCCCUCUACGUUUAGUUCUUUACAUUCAGUUCUCAAUUUGCAUUGGAAUGCUUUCUGUGUACACUUUCCUUUGUCUAUCUGCAGGGUUUUGCACACAUUGUCUCAUAAAAUGACAGGGGAACGUAGACGGCAGACAAAUUGACCCACAAGGACGUCAUGGAACUCAUGUACUAGAGCGGUUUAGCAGCUAGAACUCAGCAGAACUUAUGUACUGGAGCGGUUUAGCAGCUAGAACUCAGCAGAACUUAUGUACUGGAGCGGUUUAGCAGGUAGAACUCAGCAGAACUCAUGUACUGGAGCGGUUUAGCAGCUAGAACUCAGCAGAACUCAUGUACUGGAGCGGUUUAGCAGCUAGAACUCAGCAGAACUCAUGGCGCAUGGCAGCUAAGGUGCUCCGAGUUUUAGUCUGAACGCGAUUCACGACUUCAAUGCUCUGAAAGGCUUCGUACAGUACAGUGUGUGUGAUCCUGCCCCUCACCAAGGCUCGCUCACGUGGAUGUAGGCAUUUUUACCACUCAUUUUUAUCAAAUUUUCAAAUGGCAAAAGUUUCAAUAGGGAAACUGUGUUAAGUCUUCUAAUCCUGAAAAUAUUUUACACGCAAGAUCCUAGUUUUGGGUUUUUAACACACUUGGCUCUCGUCCUGUAUCUACUGGGUUGCUUGUUUAUUUUGAAGUACAAUUAUGAAAUUAUGAACAGUGUGAUGAAUGAAAAAUGUUGGUUGCACCCUUUCACCUAGCGCUAUGUUUUAUGCUUAAAUGACAAUAGAAGACCUUCAUCAUUAAGAAAACCUAGCGCUAUGUUUUAUGCUUAAA